AUUUCUUGCACUCAUUAAACACACUAUUUACAAAUCGAUGGCAAAGAAAAACAAUACCUCAAAGUCCCAGCGGGCUGCCAAGGCCGCUAAGGCUGCCGCGCAGGCAACCAGUGCCUCUAGAAAUUCGAUUCCAGACUCGUUUAUCGAGCAGUUCAUCGACCACCCCGGUGCCUUCAUCGUGCCCGAUGCAAAGGCCAGGGCGGCGGCCAUGGAUGUUGUUGGCAGGACCUAUGACGCGGCCAACUUUUCUGACAAAUUCGGACUUUUUGACGACUGGAAGUCCGUUCUGGACAGCGGAUUCGACACCAACCUGCAGCUGUGGGAACUGAUCAGCAUCCGCAACGAGCCGGUGCUCAAGUACUCGGCCGAUGUCAUGAAGGAGCUGUCUGCGCUGAUUGACUCUGUGAAAAUUGACUCCGAGUCCGAGUCCGAGUCCGACGAGGACGAGGCGAUGCUUUCGUCUGGGGCAGAGUCUGCGGCCGAGGACGAGAACGAUGUUGACGCACUGCUAGAGUCAGGCUCUGAGGCGGCCUCUUCUGAUCCCGAGUCUGACGAUGCGGAGAAUGCCAGCGAUAGCGACAAGAGCGCGGGUGAUGCGAGCGAGGGCGAGAAUGAUGACGAAGAUGAAUAUUAUAAUUCCAAGCCGUCAGUGCUCGACGAUGAGUUCUUUUCGGUAGCUGAGAUGGAGAGAUUUGCCGAUGACGCUGACGAAGAGGACAUGCGCGACCGGGCCAUUCUUGCCGGCGACUACCCCAAGCCCAAGCAUGGCGAGAAGGAGGACGACGACGAGUCGAGCGAGAGCGACGAGGAUGACAUCGACCUGUUCCAGGACCUUGACAAGCAGCAGGGCUUUAAUGGCGACGGCAGCGAUAUGGACGAUGACGAUGAGAGCGAUGAGGAGGGAGUUCGCCCAGACGAGAUGAAGUAUGCCGACUUUUUCCUGCCGCCCAAGGACUCCAAGCGUGGUGUGGCCAGGGCCUCGCGCGAGAAGCACGCCAAGCGAGUCAAAUUUGAUCCCAAGGCCGUCGGUUCCGACGAUGACGAGAAGGACCAGAGCAAAGGCAGCGACAGCGACGAGACUAAGGUGACUUCGGCUCGCAAGUCCAAUCUCUUUGACGACGAUGACGAUGCGGAUGAGGAGGACGAUGUGGCCAACAACAAGUCCGAAUUUGAGAAGCGCCAGGAGAAGCUGCAGGGUCUUAUCAGCAAGCUUGAGGACGAGGCUGUCGAAAAGAAGGACUGGACGAUGAUUGGUGAGGUCAACUCUGUCACGCGUCCGAAGAACAGUCUUCUUGGCGAGGACCUUGAAUUUGAUCACGUUCAAAAGCCCGUCCCGGUCGUCACGCAAGAGGCUACGCAGACCCUGGAGGACAUCAUCAAGCGCAGAAUCAUCAGCGAGCAAUGGGACGAUGUCGAACGCAAGAAGGACAUCCAGGCCAAGCCCUUCCGGCCUUCCGAGUUUAUAGAGCUCAACGACAAGGCCUCAAAGAAGUCGCUUGCCGAGGUGUAUGAGGAGGACUACUUGGCGAAGAAGGCCGGUGACGACUAUGUUCCCGAGAACGACGCAAAGGUUACUGAAUCUCACAAGGAAGUGGACAACCAGUUCCGCGAUUUGUUUGCUCAGCUUGACGCCCUGAGUCACUUCCACUUUGCGCCUAGACCUGCGACCGUGGACAUUGAGAUCCGCACCAAUGCACCGGCUCUGCAUAUGGAAGAGAAGCUGCCAGUCAACAUGUCGCAAGCCGCACAGCUGGCGCCCGAGGAGAUCUACGAGAAGAGCCAGGGUCGCAACGGGCGCACUGGUGAUCUCAUGGGCGAAACUGAGAUGACGCGCGAGGACCGCAAUACACGGAGACUGAGGAAGAAGCACGCACAGAAGAAGAAGAGCGAUGCAAUUGCUGAGGUUAAGGGUAUCAGCAAGACUGCGGCGGCGGCGGCCAAGGCGGCCAAGACGCCAAGUGCUGACAAGACCAAGUCAAAGUCGAAACCCAAGCCCAAGGCUGCGUAAAUGCUUUAUAAAUUCAAUUUUAUAUGUGGAC